AGUCCUGCAAUUCGACCGCCCUGCUACUAAAACACUAGUAAAUAUAGUAGCAGUAGUGUUUUUUCCUCUAGAGAAAGAAAGUGAGCGAAAACAAGUAAGAAAGUGAUGGUGAAGCGGAGGAGGAGGAGCGAAGCGCAUCUGAGCAAGGAUUCGAAGGUCGAAGUUCGUAGCAACGAAGAGGGUUACAGAGGUGCAUGGUUCCCAGCCUUCUUCAUUUUCUUCUUUGUUGAGGGAUCUGAGGGUCUGCAGUAAGAGACUCUGGCCUCGGACGAUGACCCAAACAAGCCACAUAUUGAGCUCGUUCACGCGAGCUCCAUCCGCCCAGUGCCUCCUCCUACUGACAAUCCUGACCAGCCCUUUGAGCCUGCCGACGUCGUAGACGCCUCUUACAUUGAUGUUUGGUGGGUCGGGGUUGUAAUGAGGUGUGAGGAUGACAAGUCUGAUCUGCUUGAGUUAAAGAGCUCUGAGCUGCGCCCUCAUUGGGAUUUUCUCAAAGGCAAAUGGGUUCGACCCCGGAAGAAGAGGAUGGUGGGAUCAGUUUUCAGCCCUGGGACAGCAGUGGAAGUGAAUCUCAGCAAAGAACAUAUAUUCGGUGCUUGGCUCCCAGCAAUUUAUCUUGGCGAACUAGGGGACAACUCUACAAUGGUCAUAUCAAACAAAGGCUAGCGGUAUAAGACCUUCUCCGGCCUGGGAAAAGUAGCGAACUCUAGAAGCUAGGGCUUUGUUCGCCUUUGGACACGAACACUAUUCCGUUCUCAGCGGAAACCCGCCAUAGAGAUUGAACUUCGACUUAUCUUAUUGCCGUUCAACAGUUGCAGAAUCUACACUUGGUUAUGAAGAUGCAAUGGUCGAAGCAGAAAUUGAAGAUUCUGCAAUGGAUAUUGAGACAAUAAUAGAGGGCUCAAGUUCUGAAGAAAUGAUGAGAGAGACAAAAACUGUGGAUUCUGCAAGGGAUUACUUGACAAAAGAAGUUCAGGUGGCUGUGACUGGAAUAUCUGCAACGGCAUCCACCCAUGAUCAACCUUUAUCACUGUGCAUAGAUGAAAUGCAUUCUGUAAAAGCCAUAGAGUGCUCAAGUAACCCUGCUGGGACUGCCAAGCAACAAAAUGAGGAUGGAGGAGCACAAGUUGGGCAACCACAUUUUCCUUUUGUGAGAAAUUUUCCGUUAUGGGAAAAUAUUGAUUCCAUGGAUGUAUUCAAAAGAUUUCCGCAAAAGCCACAUUUUCAUCCACUAUUGAAGUGUAAAGAGGUCUGUCGUGAAGGAUCAGCCCUUGGAAAGAUGGUAAACUUUGCCUUUAUGGUGGAGAAGACUUCCAAGUUGCAAGUUGGCAAUCCUAGAGACUUAUUUGAUAGCAUUUUGGAGGCACUAGCUGACUUGGAAAUGUUGGGCUUUGAUGUCAAGGCAGUAUGGGAUCAUCUGAAGGAAUUGCUUGAAAUGAAAGUUAAGUUGGGGCAGCUUCAGAACCGAUCACAAGAAGUUGACAUUCAGAUCACAGCGUAUUCUCCUGACAGAACCAGAAACAAUGAAACAAUCAGUCGGAUUGAUAAGGAUAUUAAGGACUUGCAGGAAAAACGGGCGACGCUGAUGUCAAUUGAUGCGGCCAAAGGUUCUGAAAUUUGCAAGUUGCAAUCAAAAGCAAAUGCUAUAACUGAAGGCAUUCGGAGCAUCCAUUGUGAUUUUGAGAAAUUAGAUGUUACAGCAUGGUGAUUCUUAUGAUUAUGAUGGAUGACUCUUUAGAUUACCACUGUUUUUGCUAACCUUUGCAGCACUGUGAUGGAUGACCCUUCAGAUUACCCUUUUGAAUGUAGUAAUGGAAGUGAUACCAAACUGUUAUGUAGUGCUAUUUUGUUAUAACAGCCAUUAGCCCUAGAUGUUGGUAACAAUUAUCUGUACUGCUAUAAAACUUACCUGAAGCUACUUCUGAUCAGCAAUCCACCUCUGUAUCCCAGACCACUUAAUGCUGCCAGUUGUAACUAAAUUUGAUUUGCUUUU